GUCAAUGUCGGAUUGGAAGUCCAAUUCGACCUCGACGUACCGCAGCCCGCGCAGGGGCCAACUACGGCCCCUACUUACGAUUAUCGCGGCCUGCCCAACCUACGUUGUGAAGCCAAGAGAUCUACGGUAUACGGAAAAGUCCACCACCACGAGGAUCUCACGGAUACGACCGCAAGCCCGCGAUCUAGACGACCUCCUCGUAGCUCCCUCAACUACCCCCCGGGUGUUACUCAGGAAUACAGUACAAGGGACGGUCUCACGAGGGAGGAGGGGAUUCAGAGGUCCCAACAGCAUCGAGCUGAGAGUAUCGCGGAUCUCGGAGACCAACCCAGGAAGAAGGCGGCCACCCCAAAGUGGGCACCGAGAGGCCGUAAGAGAAAGGAUCUCCAAGGCAUUUGGCCCCAGCUAGUACGAGCGAAAAUCGCGGUGGGCAUCUUCGACAACUUCGCCAACUUCGCGAUCUCACGAGAAGAAGGGCUCAACCUCGCCAACCGCACCCAACUGCCCAUACGGUUCCUCUCCGAGCCGCCCGGCGUCUACUUUCGACUGUUACUACGGAAUACCGCCCUAGAGGAAGUAGGUCGAGGAAGGGAGCAAUUCAGAGAUCACGAGGAGCACGAGGCUCACGAGGCUGGAAGUACGGAAAGGGGGUUCCCAGCAGGAACGAUGGCCAGCGAUCCAGAGGGGCAGCAGCAGUCACCAGAGAUGGUAGAAACGAGAGCAGCAGCGAGAAGGCGAGAGGAGGCGGGAAUCGCCCAAACCCCGACGAAUUCGUCGGGCAGCGAAAGCACGGGUUUGCUACAGCCAACGCGCGGACCAGACAUAUCCCCGUCAAGAUCAAACACGCCAGCGACCGCCAAUACGGGCACAAGCCAGAGCACGACCCCCAGCGAGUCAGGGCAAGGAAGAAGAGGAAGAAACCCGAUCCCAGACGGAAUCCCAAUCCCUCACAAGUGGGUGAAUAUCAACCCGGACUAUUGGGGAACGUGGAUGUACAGAAUCGCGGAUCAACCCAACGGCGAGCAAAUUGACGCGGCAUUGAUCUAUUUGACUGAGGUCUACGAGAGAAAGGGGCUGCAGGGGCAACCCCUGUUCUACGAAAUCGCAGACGACCUCAGCCAUUGGCCAGACGAAUGGUUCGCAAGCGCAAGCCCAGGAAUUGCGAAAGCAGUCAAUGGAUUCCUCCACGGGCGAGGGGUACUGCCAGCGCAAUUACAAUCGCGAGAACCUCACGAAAUCCUAGCAGCGACGAUUGCAGAGGAGGAAUUCGUGCCAUGGAGCCAGGCACAAGUCGACAGGGCGUAUAAUCGCUUUGACGAAUUCAGAAAAAGGGUGAACGACCCGGAUUUCCUUCCUACAAUUACCAACGGCAAUCUGUCGUCGCAGAAGGAUAUACAGAGGCAAAAUAUGGUGCCAGAAGUACGACAAUCGACAACUCCGCCUAUUUCGAUCCACAGCUCGUCGCCGCUGCCAAUGCGAAAUUCGGUGCCAAUCGGCCAGCAGGAAAGGAGGCAGACCACCCGAAGUCACCAACAAUACGCAGCAACGCAGGGAUCGCAUACAGAUACCGAAAAUAUGGCGGCAAAUACGAGGCAAUUCACAGACCUCAAAAAGAUCUUCCCUAGAGAGAAAUUGUACUCUGGGGGGAAGUACGAGGUCUUGCAAGAGACCCUGACGAUGUUCUACGACUAUUGCGAAAAAGUCGGGAUCAGGGAACACCAAUACCAUUCGGUAAUUAAUGUCGUACUCGCAGGCAAGGCCUCUGAUUACUACUACGAAGCGGUGCGUAAUCUCGAUCGGAACGACUUUCUCGGCAUUAUUGACGCAAUCCGAAGCCGCUUCGAGACCCACGAUAGGAAUCUAGAGCUCCUAUCUGAGCUACGAGCGAUUUCUUUCGCAUCUGUGGCCAGGACAAUGGAGGGCAAAUCGCGAGUAGAAAUCCUCGAAGAGCUCAUCGAUCGAAUUGACAAGCUAGCGAAAACCCAGCCAAAUGAGGGGACCAACGAGCGGAAAGUCGGAUAUCUCUGUACCGCAGUCCAGCGCGUUCCAGAGGCAAAAAUAACCCUGCACCAAGCACCCGAAGACUACGAGACGCUCUGCUCGAGGCUGAGGUCCAGCUUCAACAUUGAGGCGAGAAUGCCGCGCCAAACCCACCUCCAGGCGUACGACGGCCCUCACCAGCAGCAUUGGGUCGAUCGAACGUACAAUGGGAAAGGAAAAGAAGCCAGAUCCGGGGGCACGGAACCCAGCGAAGGCAGCCAAUUUGGCGGCCUGAAGCAUCCGCACCCCAUGGGAGACUCGGAAGAUGAGGAAGAUCUCACCCCCUAUACCGACGAAUUGGAUUACGACGAAGUCGACGAUAUCAACCACUCUUUCUUCGCACCUCCCUCAGACGACGGAUACGGAGGUGGACGAAAGGACGAAUCCAACAGCGCAGAAUUCCAUUCUCUUGACACCCGAGGAGAAAUUGGUGCCUCUCUUGACAUCUGA